AUGGCUGAGAGGUCAGAAAAGCCCUCACAGCUUGCCUGGAGAGGUCUUGCCGGAACAGGAGAGGGGCGCGCUGGAGGGGGUGGUGGCCCUGUGCGCCUGCCCCUCCUGCUGCCGCCGCUGCUGGCCUGCUACCGCCUGCGGGCCGGGGCCCUGCACGACCAGCCGUGCGCCGAGGCCCCGUUGACGCCCGCGGAGAAGCACCGGAUCCUGCGCUUGGUGCUGCGUCUCCUGGAGCAGGGAGAGGUCUUGCCGGAACAGGAGAGGGGCGCGCUGGAGGGGGUGGUGGCCCUGUGCGCCCCGGAGGCCGGGGAGCAGGCCCUGCAGGCGCUCUUCGGCAGCCCGCUCUUCACGCAACACAGCCAGCAGCUCCUGGUCCACAGCAUGGCAGGCUGGUUCCCUGACAAGGUCGAGGGCUUCAGCCCUCCCACCGUUGCCUCCAUUGCCCGGCAUCUGGCUUGGCACCGCCUGCGGGAGAUCCCUUUGCUGGACAGCAUCGCUGCCUUCCUGCUUCAAAGGGUGGAGUCCCUGGACAUCAAGGUGAUCCAGAGGCUCAUCUUCCCCUUCAGCCGUCUCAGCUACCAGCCCCCCAACCACCUGGCGCUCUUCCCAUCUCUGGCAGCUGUGCUGAAACAGAAGGCGCCCGCAGCCCCGCUGGCCACGCUCAACAUCCUGAUGUCCCUCUUUCAACUGCAAUACUUCCCGGCCGCCGUCCUGUCCCAGGUCUUCUCUCCUGGUUUCGUGGCCAACGUCACCAGCAGUCCCUGUGGGUGGAUUGCGCAGAACUACCUCUCCCUGCUGGAUGCAGCUGUGCAGCUGGAGCUCAGCAACUACAGCGGCCCCCGCCUCGACCCCCGACAUCGCGUGAGCGUGUUUCACAGGGCGCUCGCUACAGAGGAGGUACAAUGCAGCUACAAACGUAUCGUGCGGGAGGCUCUCCGGCAGCUUGUAGGCAAAGAGGGAUAUCGUCAAGACACGGUGCUGCCUCCCGGCUACCGCGUUGACUUCCUACUCUGGAUCACCUCUUCAGGCCGAGUGCUCCCGAUUGGGCUGAAGGCCUCCAGGGUUUCUGAGGCUGCCCAGGCACCUCCUCCUCCUCCCAAAGAGAAGCAAGGCCUGGCUCCCUUCUGGCAAGAGCUGCCUGCCAGGCCCAGGGCGGGGGACCUCCCUUUGCACGACCGAAGCCUGCCCUUGUCGCCCCCACAAGAGGGUUCCUUUGGCCCGUGGAGGGCCAAGCCUCUUUCAGGCAUGGCUGACGACCCGGGCAGCCCCGCACGGAUGGAUUUCUUCCUGUCCAGUGGCAAGAGCAGUGCAGCCACUCUGACCCAUUUCUGUUUCCCCACCUGGGAGGGGACGGUCGCUGAAGGACCAGAGGAGACCGAGGGCAUCCACAGGGUGGUGCUUUGUGUCAACGACAAGUGGCAUUACUGCCAGAACGCGCCCGUCUUGGUGGGCUCCCGUGCCAUGCGCAACCGGCACCUCCGCUUGCUUGGGUAUUGCCUCCUCCAGCUGCCCUACCUGGAACUGGACAAACUGAGAGGCCUUGAGGAGGCCAAGCAGUACCUGUGGCAGAAGCUGAGGGAGCUGCGCCGGCCCGGCCCUGCCCCCUGUCCACCGCCAGGCGGAGGCAGGCAGGACGACGGGCCCGACGGCUGAGCUGGAUGGUGGGCCCCUCGUCCGGACGUGUUUGGCUCUGGCAGGCAGACCCUAACCCUCGCCCGUCCCUCUUCCACGGGUGGAGGUCCUGCCCAGGCGCUCCUUUGCAUGGAAGACUGUGGCGCCUUCCUUCGGCCGCCCUCCGGCACCCAGCUGCCCAGGAGGAGGAGGAGGAGGAGCACUUCUUCCCCCAUGCCUUCCGUUCUGGCUUGGCUUCCCAGCAGCAGCUGCUCCCUGGACCUUGGCCCCAUCCUGCUCUCCCAGACCCUCUUUGUUUCGUUUCCUCUACACCCAUGAAUGGGGAGGCUGGCAAGUGGGGGAAGGCCCCUGCGGUGGAUUGUAAUAAAGCGAUUUAUUGACACUUUAAAUUAAUCUCUUAAAUAAAAUCAUGCAGGGAG